UUGCUAGGCCAUGUGCAAUUGAGUUUUGGUUCAUGGAAAAUGCAGCUCCUCGCCGGCUGGCUGCUGUGCUGGAAACUGAAACAUGUCCGGCCGCUGUGCUGGAAACUGAAAGGUCAGUUUCCGGCGUGCUUGCCGCUGUCACCGGCGAUGACUGGAGGCAGCCGGAGCGUGUCGCUGUGAAGGCCUCACGACCUCCUAUGGUCUGUGAGACCCUUACGGCCACGAGAGAGCGCGAGCUCCUGCGGUUCUGUUUGUUUCCCUGACCAAGCUGAGCGGCAGUUGGUGGCUGAUGGCGCCAAGCCCAGCUGCCGAGCCGCCCCCGGCCCGGCCGUCUAGCAGUCACCUGUGGCGCGCCGGCGGCGUCCUCCAGCCCAUCUCCCGCUCACAGGUCCUGCUGCAGGGGCCCAGGCGCCGCCACCGGCGUCUCCCGGGCGGCGUCGUCCGAGCUGCGCCGGACGCGCCGCCGGUGGUCAGGGCGGCCGUCAGCGCUGUCACCGAGCUCCUCAGAGCCCUUUCCCCAAACAAGACGCCCAGGGACGCCGCCGAGCAGGGUGAGGCGAAGGAUCCGCCGCCGUGCGGCAGCGUUGAGGAUGUGCUCGCGGUCCUCCGAGACGACUACCGGCGCGCCUACUUCCUCACCGGGGAUUUCUCUCGGGGCAUAUACACUGAAGAUUGCUUGUUUGAGGAUCCGACGAUAAAGUUCCGGGGAUUGUCUAGAUACUCUCAGAAUCUUGAUCUGCUGGUGCCAUUCUUCAACAGCCCUUCGCUUGAGCUUGAAAGCAUUGAAACGGGCUUGAGGGUUGAGACAAAGUUUGUCAAAGCGACAUGGAAACUAAGGACAUAUUUGAGGCUACCAUGGAGGCCCCUGAUUGCGAUCAGAGGGAACACAACCUAUGAUCUGAACGAAGAUUACAAGGUGGUUCGGCACUCUGAGAGCUGGGACGUCUCUGCGCUCGAGGCCAUCGGCCAGAUAUUCGUGUCUGCUCGGGAGCAGCGGAAAGGCAGCAGAGGCUGAAGCAGGAGAUGUGCAGUGUGCAGCAUCACUAUACCGGAUCAUGGGCCGGCCGAUCCGACAAACCCGACCCAACCCAUCCGAAAAAACCUGACCCGACCCAGCCCGAUCAAUACGUGGAACACAGUAGCGAAAUGUGCCACGUUGAUUGGCCUUUCAAGACUUGUACUUUUACAAGUUGCAUAAAACAGAUCUAUUUUAUUAAGGAUCAUAUCAACCAAUCCUUUCUCCAGCAAA